AUGCGGAAUGGCAGUUAUAUUCGUGCUUUAGGCCGGCAAUCGUUCGAACCAUCUCAAGGACCCUCUGUUCCAGAUAUUGAAUCCCCAGAUCAUGGAUCUUCCACCUCAGAACAAUCACAGGAGAUGCAAAGACGUUUGAUCAAAGCCCAGAACGAUGUCUUGGCUACGGUUGGUGUCUGUCUACGGGAUACCAAGGGGCAGGAGACAUCAGAGGCUAUAAUGCAGGAAAACGAAGUCGGAUUGCUUGUCGGUGCUGUGGAUCUGACUAUCACAUAUUUGGCUAGUUGGCCAUUGGUAGGUAUCAGAAACAGACUCCAGACUUAUCGGACUUAUGAAGGGUGGCGGUAUAAAGAUGUUUUAAUAAUGUCCUGGCGAAGCAAUAAUAUCUUUCAGAUGCUAUCGGGAAUGCCAGCCCACCUGUGCUAUCAGCUUGUGAAUGUCGGGAGGGACUAUCUUCAGGCAAGGUUCUUGAGGUGGUUGAGCCGUAAACCUCUGUUCAUAAAUAAAAAAACAGGAAAGCCGCGCAGAUUUGUUUUAAAUUCUCUCGAUAAAAUAUUUUCUACGUGCUCCUGGUUCCUUGUAUAUCCACUCUACCAACACUCAAUUCUGCAAUCGCUCCACCUGAUACCUCCCACUCCAUUACUUCCUCCUGUCACUUCAUUUGUACCAUUUUCUGCCCUUUCGCCAUUAUCGCUUCCUGAGCUCACCACACCCUCAUUCUCUCUGGUUACAGUAUCAGCUUUGGCUACACAAGCUCUCGGGUCGUAUUUCCUGUUUUCUUUUCUUCAACAAUCUGUCUGUGCAAUGUUGCAAUACAAUCUUUUUCACCGCCUCCGCCGAGUCUUACCCCGCCCCGAUAAUCCAGAUGGUGCAUCAAUCUCAGGGGCUCUUGAUGAUGAUGAUAUCGAUAGCUAUGGCCGCUGGGACUCUGGACGUCAGCCCCAUACUCACCCACGCAGAACAGUCAUGGAUGAACCUAGCAUAGCAGCAAUAAUGAUUGAAGAAACCCGUACUUUCGCUGAAUUUGGCGACCGAGAACGAAGUUUCUCGGCCACGGUUCAGAUCGAACAUCAGCAGAGAUCAGGUUCACCUCCUGUCGACGCUACACAAUUAGAAGAAGACUUGAAUGAUUUUGAGGCCAGAGCAUUGGAAGCAGCAAUACAAACCAACGGAGGUCCUCUACCACACCCCCAUCAUCACACGCCAGCUGAUCCAGCUGCCGUAACCGCUCGUAUGAGAUCAGCGAGGCAACAGCACCGUGUAACACGUCUAUCACAGCACCCUGCAGACGUCGUAGCCUCUCAUGCAUCAGAUGGCAUCGCAACUGCCCUCAGUAGCGGGUUUGAAAGUGCUGUUAUGAGAACUGUAGCAAGGAGCUUCAUGAUCCGGCAGAUGGGGGUUGAUCCAAGCCCUAUUUAUAAACCAAGCGACGUCUUUGCAAACUGGAAACUGGUAACGAAGGCUUUGGCAGGAGAAUGGGCCUUGAUGUUCAUGUUAUUUGAGGGCAGUUAUUAUGCCACGACUUUUAUUGGAAUUAGGUGGUUCGGGUAUCCGAGGAGCCUUUGA